UUGUGCAGGUGGACAGGUGCUUUUCAGUCGAUCGCCUGACUGUGCUGUGAUAACAUACACCUCGAUUACUUUUCGAGCGCGUUCAAUUUGAAUUUGCGUCGCGCGUUUAUACGAUACGCGUUCAAUUAUUAUCUGUAGCCGAUGCGUGCACGCAAACGUUUUGUAUAUCAAUUAAUUUAAUUAUCGACAUCGCAGGGGAUAGUGUUAUCUCUCCUAAAAAUAUAUAUCUUCCUUUAACUUCUUCCUUCUAUCGCGCUUUGUUUUGACGAUUUUUCACGAAGCUUUUUCCGUUUUUCCCUUUUUUUAUUACCAUCGAUUUUUGUAAGAUUUUAUGAUUAUUCGCAUUCGCAAAUUGGAGUUCGCAAGUUACAGACGAUAUUUCGUGACGAAAUGAUUAUUCGCGGACACGUCUGUCCAAGGAAAUGUUACGACGAAAAUCGAUGUGGGUGAAUCAAACGGUAACGAGACCUGUGCAAGUGUAAAUUUUAUAUAGAUGCGGUAUUGUCGGACGUCUCGUUAACAUCGUCUAACGGGUCACGCCAAUUGAUCUUGAUUGCAUUGCGUUUUAACGACGACACGUGUAAUACCGCAACAUGAAGAUGACACAAUACAACAGCGGUAUCAGUAGUAGCAGCAGCAGUAGUAGUAGCAGUAGCAACGGUCAAAACAACUUUAAAGAUCGCGGAAAUGAAGGAACGCUGGAGGAGAAGCUUAUGGUCGCUGUUCGUAUUCGACCCUUGGCUUCGAAUGAAAGCGGUACGAGAUCUUUGCAUGCUGUCAACGAUAAGAUGGUAAUGCUGGAGGAUCAGGAUAGCGAUAAGCAAAAACGCACAAUGCCGCGACAAUAUCUCUACGACAUAGUUUUUGGAGAGGCAUCGACACAAGAAGAUGUCUAUGAAGGUACAACAACAAAAUUAGUGCAGAAUGUUCUCAAUGGUUACAAUGCGACCGUGUUUUCGUAUGGCGCAACUGGCUCGGGAAAAACACAUACGAUGGUUGGAACGUCAUCAAAUCCUGGAAUUAUGGUGCGCGCCCUAAAUGACAUUUUCCUAGCGACCAAAAAAUUAUCGGACGACAUGGAAUUUACUGUAACGAUGUCAUACAUGGAGAUUUACAAUGAAAACAUUCGCGAUCUUCUCAAUCCUAAUUCGGGAUAUCUGGAAUUACGCGACGAUACUCGUGGUCGCAACGUUCAAGUCUCAGGAUUGACGGAAGUCUCUACCAAUUCGACAGAAGAGGUAAUGCAGCUGUUACACAGAGGUAACAAAGCGAGGACAAUAGAGCCGACUGCCGCGAAUAAGACUUCGUCACGAAGUCAUGCGCUUCUCAGCGUUAUAGUUAAACAAUUGUCUCGUCGAGUUCAAGAUGACGAACAACGUGUGCGUAACAAAAUAAAGCAAGGGAGAUUAUUCAUGAUCGAUCUCGCCGGAUCUGAACGGGCUAAGCAAACGAAGAACAAAGGCAAAAGACUGCAGGAAGGCGCGCAUAUCAAUAGAUCCCUUCUGGCGUUGGGUAACUGUAUCAAUGCCCUAUCUGGUGGAGCACGAUAUGUGAAUUAUCGCGAUUCUAAGCUUACCCGAUUGCUGAAGGAUGGCCUCAGUGGUAACUGUCGUACUGUUAUGAUCGCCCAUGUUUCACCAGCAAACGCGCACCGUGACGAGAGUAAAAUUACCUUGAUUUACGCGGACCGCGCCAACAAAAUCUCCAAUAAGAUCGAGCGGAACGUAUUGGACGUCAGUUAUCUACAUGUUGCGCAGUACCGUGAUGUAAUUAGCGACCUGAAAAGCGAAAUUUCGCGUCUGCGGAAUAAAAUGAAGGGUGAGAGACCGAGGCAGAUAGAGGCGGAGAAAGAAAUUCCGGGCGACACGUAUGGCAACAAUUUCAAAUCGUUAAGAGAGAAAAUAGUUUCCGCGUUUAAAGAGCAGAUGCGACUGAGGCCCCACGCGAACGCGGGGCCCAGAGGAAGGGCACAAAGACAUGAAAAAAGGGAAAUCCCUGCAGCGGGACACGGAAACCCCCCAGAGGACGGCCGACCGCGGACCGCCGCCACAAAGGGCUACCGACACCCACCGCGUAGCAGUGGGGCCGGAGCCCCAAACAGCAGCGAGCGGCAAACCGCGGCCGACCAACCCCAGGACAGCCCCGCAGCCCAAACGACGAAGACCCCGAAACGUAAAAGGUCCAACUCGGACCGAAUACACGUAGACCGUGAGGAGCACAAUGGCAGAACCCCGUAG